AUGAAUGGUGAAAAGCUCAUAAAAUUUGGUUUACUUCCAGAAAUUCCAUGUGGACAGCUCACAAGCAAAAGUGAAAAAUAUGAAGAGAAAUUGGUAAUGUUCACCCAGCAGUCUGAAGAUUCAGAAAGAUGUGAAAGCAUGGAGCUAGAUAAUAAGAUCCGGGAUCUAAUUGAGAGGAAUGCCUCUCCUGGUCCAAAAGGUGUCUGCCCAGAGACCAUAUCAAGUCAUAGAAACCUGUGUUCUCUGAAGACUCCAGAACAAACAUCUUUCCUGCCACAUUUUACACAGAGCACAACUAGAAUGAAUGGUGCAGAAAGGUCUACGGAGCACUCAGAGUGUACUCAAUCAUCAGGAAAAAAGAAUUUAACAAAUUCUCUUGAACGAAAGAUAAAAUGCUUGGAAAAGCAGAGAAAAGAGCUCUUGGAAGUUAACCAGCAAUGGGACCAUCAAUUUAGAAGUAUGAAAGAGCUAUAUGAAAGAAAAGUUGCAGAGCUGAAAGCGAAACUGGCAGCCUCGGAAAGGUUCCUCAGCAAGCUGGAGCAGGAGCAGCACCAGAGUCAGAGGGAGAGCGAGAGGCAGCGAGACCUGACCCGCGACCAGCUGCAGCGGGAAGAGAAUGAAAAGAAAAGCCUGAAUGAAGAAUUGCAUGAGCUGAAGAAAGAAAAUAAACUUCUGAAGGAAAAGAAUAUUCUCGCAAACAAGAAGAAGGAACAUUACGAAUGUGAAAUAAAACGCCUCAAUAAGGCACUUCAGGAUGCCUUGAAGAUUGAGGGUGCAACAUUUUCUGAGAACUAUUUGGGGAAGUCACAAAUGAAGUGCUGUCAUGAGGAGAUGAAAACACAAAUGGAAGUUCUAAAACACCAGGUACAAAUAUAUGAAGAAGACUUCAAAAAGGAGCGAUCAGACCGAGAAAGACUCAACCAAGAGAAAGAGGAGCUGCAGCAAAUUAAUCAGACAUCUCAAUUCCAGUUGAACAGGCUGAAUAAUCAGAUAAAAGCCUGUCAGCUGGAGAAAGAAAAACUUGAAAAACAAUUAAAACAGAUGCAUUUCCCUACCUGUGACUGUGGCUUGGUUUUCCACCUUCGGGAUCCAUGGGCGCCAACUGGCCCUGGGGCUGAUCAGGAUUUACAGAAGCACCCACCAGACUAUCAGUGGUAUGCUCCUGACCAGUUUCCGCCAGAUGUGCAGCACAAGGCAAAUGAUUUCAGACUAUGUAAUUCUAGUUUUUAUAGAAAAAUAGGGAGCCAGAGCUGCUACAGUAGUUUUGCAGGCUCUAAAUUCCGAAUAGUUCUUCGUAACAGUCUAUAUAAAUUCAUCUUCCUCCUCUUCUGCAGCGCCCAACCUGAAGAGCUGUACACAGAUUCCCAGGAGUAA